GGGAGGGUCAAGCCAUUCUCCAACAUGACUUUCUGCCCUAUCCCCUGCAACCCAAACGCUCUGAGAUUGGCUGAGAAAGGAGUCGCACUCUUCAUAUGCUUAGCGAUACUGUCGCCUUUCCCGCGUCGUUGAUGAGACCACUGGAGCGGCUCUCUUGCCCACAGUGGAGACAGGUGCUGAGCGUGGCUUGUGGCGGUACCUCUGAGGUGGCGAUGCGAAGCACGGGGUGGCAGCAGGAGGGGUGUAAUGCUGUGCGUCAAAGAUAACCACCUGCAUGUUUGGGGACGGGGAAAGACAAGAGUGGCGUCACCCCCUAAAUCAACCAUCGUGCCCCACUCCAAAGCACAGUCCCUGGCCCCUCCCCAUGCCAAUUACUUUCACUUUCGCCUAAACAAAACCGAGCAGACCGGCUGCGAGGUCUUUUGACGGCUGUACUCUCGUGGGUCUCUUGAAGGCGGUUGCAUGUAAGAAGGCAGCAGCUAGGCUGGGGAGAAAAACUGGGGGAACAAAUCGCUCCCGUCCCCCCACCUCUACGUCCUCCUCUCCAGGAGAGCCAAGCGACGAUCAUUACAGCUCAUCCCCCCCUUUCUAGAGGGGUAAUCCUCAGCAUGUUGGCCACCCACCAAACCAUGUGGAGAUGAUUUGGUGUCAUGCCAUCCCAGAUUCUUCUGUGGUCUUCCUUCUGGUGUUGUUGUUUUUCACCCCAUCUGAGCCGGGCAAGGAUUGCAAUUUUAUGUAUCCUCAAUUGCAUAGUAUUGACAGCAUUGAACACUUUUCACAUGUAAUUGAAGAACUGAAGCAGUACCUGCUCCUCGAUUACCCAGUAUCCGUGCCAUCCAACCUGAAACUGGAUGAAUUCUGCCAGGAAUUAUGGGAACUUCAUCUCAUUCAUAGCAAGCUGACCAGCAUGAUGAGAGUGUCCGGGAGUAGCCUCAGGAAGAUGUUCCUUAAUAUAACAACACACACAAACUUUAUUGAAGGAUGUAAAAUUGAGGAUAGUUGUGUCAGUUAUAUGGAGACAAACAUCACUCAGUUCUUGCAGCCCAUUCCCUUACUCAUUGAAACACUCGCAAACAAGAUGGAGGACCUCAUAGACAAAGGUCUCGGUAACUUCAGUAACUGCACCAUUAUUCAGUGCCUAGGUCAGUCUCUCUCUGUACUACAGACUCUUUUACUACACCAGUCACCCAAAACUUUGCACAGACGCAAGAGAGAAUCCAGUCGUCUCAGCCAACCCCACCUGGAAGGUCUUACUGGGGGCUGUUUCUACUUCCCAUUCCCUUUUUCUGCCUUCUCCUUAUUGCGAGACGUCCAUGCAGAGAACUAUUUCAGAGACCCCCAAGGUUUCAGGAAACUGCCGUUUGAGCCUUCGGAGCACCUUUCUGCAAUAUAGUGGAAAGGAUUCGCAUCUCAUCUUCAGGCACAAUUUGUGAGAUGAUGAACAAUCUCCGCCCCAAUGAAUGGGAUGUCGUCCUUUUCCUUGUGCACAGUCAACAGCAGCACAUUUUUCCCACUCCCACUUUUUUCUCCCCAGAGGACUGAACUUAAAUAACACUCGGGGGAGACACGAAGCAGAGCUAUGUGGGCUUCACUUCUGGAUUCUGACACUGGGUGAUGCUGCAGCCCCAUUUUUAUAUUGAGAAAGAUAGACAUAUUUUUGUUGUUAAUAUAUAUAUAUAUAUGUAUAUAUAUUAUUUUGUAUAAAUAAAACAUUAAAAUGCUUAGUAGCCAUGUGAAUGUAUCAUUUAAGUGUCAUUAUACUAAAAGGAGUUACCCAGCAUGCUCGGCAUCAGUACCCAGCAUGCUUGGGGGGGCUGCUGGGGCCCAAAUGGCCCAACAGGGAAUGCUGGCCCUGGGCCCCCAUAGCAGGCAGCUGGAUCUCACAACAUACCUGAUGCAGUGGUACUCUGGCACCCAUGGGGAAUUUAAAUGGUGGGCCCUUACUUUGUGGGGAAUUUAAAAUGGCAGCCAGUGAUCACUGAGAUAGGUGGGGCCCACUUGGCCAAGGGACCUUCAAUCUGGAGCAGACGCUGGUGCCCAGGAACUUAUAGGUUUACGUGGUCUCACCUCACAUGAACAAAGAAAAGCCUUCUGGCUUCUCGAAAGGUUUUAUUGUGGCAUAUGCUUUUGUGGACUACUUCAGGAAAUGUGUGGUGCAUUAUCCUGUGACGAAGUUGGCUCCAGCCCCCAUUAAGCAGAUGCUACAACAAAGCCAUCAGUCUUUGCUACAAUAUUCUCUUGGCGGGGGAAGCUAUUGGAGAUUUAACUUCUGGAAUUUCUUGCAUGAAGAGAGUUCUGUUUAACAAGCUGCUUACUCCUGUACAGACAACCACCUUAUCACAUGUCUGUGCCAGAGAGCAAUAACAUUUUCUCCUGUAUUAUUUGGGAGGGUGACACAUAAAUACUCAAACCACCCCAAGGUGAGAGGAUUCCCCAACCCAUUGGAUUAUUGCAAUAUACUCUGUUUGGGGCUACCGUUGAAGAUGUCUCGGAAACUUCAACUGGUCCAAAAGGCAGUGGCCAGUUAGUGGCUGGAGUUCCUUUUAGAACUCGUAUAACUCCAGUUUUAAAAGAGCUGCAUUGGUUGUCAGUUCAAGUUGGUCACUUUACUGUUUGAAGCCCUAAAUGACUUAGGUCCCAAAUAUUGUGGCUCCCAAACUAUGGAAUGGUUUCCCCGAUGAGGUGCGCCUGGCGCCGACGCUGCUAUCUUUUCGGUGCCAGGUGAAAACCUUUUUAUAUUCCCAGGCAUUUUAAUACGUAUUAUUAUAUGUAUUGUUGUAUUUUGCUACUGUUUGAUUAUUUUUGUUUACCUUUGUUGGUUUGAUUCUAUUGUUUUAUUGUAUUUAUAUAUUCCUGAUUGCUUUAUUUUAUGUACACCGCCCAGAGAGCCCUUGGGCUUAGGGCGGUAUAUAAAUAAAAUAAAAUAAAAUAAAUAAAUAAAAUAAAUAUCUGAAAGACCACCUCUU